AUGGCGGCUAGGGACCGUUUCGGUGCCUAUGCUGAGCCGGGCCUAACACCGCUGCAGCGGGCAAUUCGCAAUGCAUGCGAUCCACAGAACUACGAGCCCAACCUGGCCCUGAACCUCGAAGUGGCCGAUCUGGUCAACUCCAAGAAGGGCAAUGCUCCUCGCGAAUCAGCUGUCGAGAUUGUUCAUCUUGUUAACUCUCGGAAUCAGAAUGUUUCCUUGCUGGCAUUGGCGCUUCUCGACAUGUGUGUAAAAAACUGCGGAUACAAGUUCCACCUCCAGAUCAGCACAAAAGAAUUUCUCAAUGAAUUGGUCCGAAGGUUCCCCGAGCGCCCAGCCAUGCGACCCUCGAGGGUUCAACACCGCAUUUUGGAGUUGAUUGAGGAGUGGCGCCAGACGAUCUGCCAGACGUCGCGAUACAAGGAGGAUCUGGGAUUCAUUCGGGAUAUGCAUCGUCUGUUACUCUACAAGGGCUAUGCAUUCCCUGAGGUUCGUCGCGAUGAUGCGGCUGUGCUGAACCCGAGUGACAAUCUUCGUUCGGCCGAGGAGAUGGAAGAGGAGGAGAAGGAAGCCCAGUCUGCUAAGCUUCAGGAGCUGAUUCGAAGAGGCACACCGGCCGAUCUGCAGGAAGCGAAUCGGUUGAUGAAGGUUAUGGCUGGAUACGAUAAUCGACACAAGACUGAUUACCGGGCAAAGGCCGCCGAGGAGGUAUCGAAGGUACAACAAAAGGCAAAAAUCUUGGAGGAAAUGCUGCAGAAUGGACAGGGAAUUCCCGAAGGUGAUGUUUUCGAGGAGCUUGCAAAUGCACUGCAAAGUGCACACCCCAAGAUCCAGAAGAUGUGCGAGGAGGAAUCGGACGACCCCGAGGCUGUUCACAAGCUGCUGGAGAUUAACGAUAGCAUACAUCGCACCAUCGAGCGAUACAAACUGGUUAAACAGGGUGAUAUUGAUGCUGCGUCGAGAAUUCCAAAGGGAACUCUGGGCACGACAACCGGAGUAUCCAAAAACGCGAACAAUGAGCUUUCAUUGAUCGAUUUUGACCCGGAGCCAAGCUCCAAUGGCAACACCGAAGCCUCGCCAAGUGGCCAAGGCAAUGCCCUCGAGAAUGACUUACUUGGACUUUCUCUUGGUGACGAAAGCCCUGUACCUGGUGGUGGCAUCUCACUCGGAGGUCCCAGCAUGGGCUUUCCCUCGAUGUCUUCUGGCCCAUCCCCAGUAUCACAGCAAGUACCGGCUGGAUUCAAGGCUAAUUACGACAUUCUUUCCUCGAUGAACACAUCCCGACCUGCUUCCCAGGCUUCCACCCCGGCUCGUACUCAGUCACCUCAGGUUCGUCAGACCGCGACUCCGCCGCAGGCUGAUCCAUUUGCGUCACUGGUCUCUGCCAGUCCUCGGCCGGCAGGCAACGCUUUCCAGGCCCCUUCUCAGAACCAACCUGCUCCGGCCUCCUCGUCCUUGCUUGACCUGGUGGGGGGUCUCGCUUCGCAGCCCGCAGGACAGGCUGCUCGCGAAGAUGACGAGUGGAACUUUGCAUCCUCUCUUCCUCAAAGCAACACCUUGCCCUCGAUGAACCAGCUGCAGGUCCUGAAUAAGCAGCUACAGAUCGAUUUCCACGCCCGUCGUGUGCCAAGUGCGCCACGCCAAGUCUACCUCCGAGCUGUUUUCUCCAACACCACCAGCCAAGCGAUCACAGAGCUUCACUUCCAGGUUGCCGUGGAGAAGUCAUACACGCUCCAGCUUCGUCCCCAGUCCGGCCGAGAGAUUGCCCCUCAACAACCGAACGGUGUGAUACAGGACAUGCUCCUGGAUGGUGUUGAUACCGGCAAAGGCAACUCGGUGAAAAUUCGGUUUAAGGUUUCAUACAAACUCGGAGCCGAGACUCGGGAAGAGCAAGGCAUGGUUCCAUCUCUGGGCAUUUACUAA